AUGCUGUCCUCAGUGCUAACCUACCUCUUGCUGCAUGCUUCGCUGUGCUUGGGCGCGCCCUCCGUCCUGGGAGGUCGUCCCUCCGCGUUCGAUGUAGCGGCAGAGAAACGCGCGCCCCACGUCGACCCCUUCGACAAUCUCGUCGUGUUCGACCCGCCCUCCGACUACAUCGUCCCGCGUACGCUCUACGCACGCACCAUGCUGCACUCCGACCAGCAGACCAUCUAUGCGACGUGGGAGAACUACAGCCCCGAGGGCGAGAACAAUCCUCUGGUGUACUUCCCCAUCUACAAGUCGACGGACCUGGGGAAGACUUGGGAGCAUAUCUCAAAUGUCACAGAUCAGGUCAUGGGCUGGGGUUUGCGGUACCAGCCGUUCUUGUACGAGUUGAGGGAGGAUAUCGGGGAUUAUGAGGCCGGCACAAUCCUCCUUUCCGGCAGUGCGAUCCCGACGAAUCUGAGCAACACGCAAAUCGAGUUGUACGCGAGUCGCGAUCAGGGCUACACUUGGGAGUUUGUGAGCCAUAUAGCGGCUGGGGGUGUGGCGAAGCCCAACAAUGGCGAGACGCCGGUAUGGGAGCCGUUCCUCCUCACAUGGAACCACCAACUCGUGGUGUACUACUCGGACCAGAGGGAUCCGGCGCACGGGCAGAAGAUUGUUCACCAAGUCUCGUCUGACCUGGUCAAUUGGGGCGACGUAGUCGACGAUGUUGCCUACGACGUCUAUGACGACCGUCCUGGCAUGCCCAUUAUCGCGGCACUACCGAAUGGCCAGUUCAUCUACACGUACGAAUGGUAUGGCGCCCCCGAAGGAGGCUUCGCGGUGUACUACAAGCUCUCUGAUGACCCCGAUGGUACUCAUCCUACGGGCUCGCCUACUGUAACGUGGACACCUUACCCUGAGAACUCCAACGGCACCAUCGUCGUGAGCGGCUCCAACUACAAGGGAGUUUUCCUGAACACCCAGCUGGGCGCCCCGGGGAGCAACUGGGAGUACCGAGAUACGGCGAGCCCCAACCAGUACACUCGCUUCGUUAUGGCAAUGCCUGAGGCCGGGCAGAUUAUGAUUGCGGGUGGUGGUGUUUUGAACGGCGAGAACAACGAUGUGUCGGUGUCUGUCAUUCAGUUGUAG